AUGGGUAAAAGCCAUAUGUAUUACAGUGGUACAUUAGUCGAUAAACUUGUUCAUAGAGGUCAUACUGUGGUAAGCUUUUUCUACUUUAUCCUACCUUACCAUACCCUACCUUACUUGACCCCUAUUUACCCUGGCCUACCUUAAACUGCCCUACAUUACCUUACCCUACCCUAACCGGCCCUAAUUUACGCCACAAUAUUUUACUCUAAAAUACUCUAAACUACCUUAUCCUACUCUACCCUAUCACCUACUAUACCUUCUACCGUACUGUCAACAAAAAAUAUAAUUUUUUACAGGAUAUGCUAGUGAUGAACUGGAACGACGAAGCCAAGAUCCCAGGCAGUAAAUUACUGCGUAAAAUCUACAACAUAGACCACCCGCAUUCACCAUACGCCGAAGCUACCCAUCUACAAGAUCCCUUCUUCACUGGACAUGCCAAUGCUUUUCAAGUUUUUGGCCAAUGCCGAAUUUUGUUCUGUGAACUACUCAUGUCCAACACACAACUAAUCAAUCAGCUUAAAAUUGAAAAUUACGACCUAGCUUUAGUAGCACCUUUUGACGGCAGUGGCUUGAGCUUGGCGCACAUUUUGGGUAUUAAUAGUACUGCAAUUUAUGUCGCCACAAGCAGUUAUGAUUACAUUUAUCAAGGACUGGGAAUUCCUACUCUUCCUAGUUAUAUUACAAGUAAGUUCCUUUAUUUUUAGAAUGUUAUGUUAAAUAUCAUAUUACAAUACCAUGUAUAGUAUCUUAAUUUAGGCGUAUUCACCCCAAUAGCCCCAGGCCGUCGCCUAACCUUCGCCGAGAGAAUCGAAAGCUUUCUUCAAUUCUACACAAGUUCAACUGAAUGGUUUAAUGAAGAAGUCCGGAACUCAGAACAUCCAAUUAUCACAAAAUACUACCCAGACACCCCACGCUAUACACAACUAUUCAAAAACGUAUCUUAUGUCUUUUUGAAUAUGCCUGAACUUUUAGACAUUGGCCGGCCAAUUUCGUCCAAGAUCAAAUUCAUUGGCGGUAUUCAUGUUGAAGACGACUUGAAAAAGGACAAAAAGGCAUUGCCUGAGGUAAGAAAGAGGGCUGUAACUAUGUUUUACAUUAGUUUACAGUACAAUAUUUCAUACCUUAUACUGCAACGUAACAUUCUAAUAUCAAAACCCAAAAAACUUUUAAAAAAUCCACUUUAAAAAAAUUAAAGUUCAAUUUAAAUUUUAGGAAUACGAGCAAAUUUUAUCCUCACACCCAAAAGGCACUGUCAUAUUCUCGCUUGGAUCUCAAAUUAUGAUGCAUACAGUACCAAUCCAGAUCAGAGACGCUAUGAUAAAAGCCUUUUCUCAUUUCCCAGAAUACAGUUUUAUCUGGAAACAUGACAAACCUGAAGAAAUGAGCAAUUUGAAUGUAACAAAUGUGUUCUUCAAGAAAUGGCUGCCUCAAAAGGAGCUUUUAGGUAAGAAAAAACUAUCCCAACUUCAUCAUAGAGCCUUAUCUUACAUUACUUUUAUUAACAUACUCUACACUUAUCUUCCCUACCCUAGUUGUCCCUACCCUACCUUGCCUUGCUCUGUCUUGUCUUGUGUUGCCUUGCCCUGUCCUGCCUUGACCUGUUCUGCCCUACCCUACUUUAUCCAAGCUACCUUAAUCUGACUUAUCGUAUUCAAUCUUACCUACUGUGUUACCGCACUUUUUACCAAAAUUAAAUUUCAGAAAAAUUAUAAAAUGAUCCUUUUUUCAGCCGACUCCCGAAUCCGAUGUUUUAUAACUCACAUGGGACUCAACUCCUACGCUGAGCUUGCUUUCGCCGGCGUUUCUACCAUAAUGAUCCCUCUAUUUGCUGAUCAAGAAUUCAAUGCUGGUGUAGCAGAAAGCAAGAACCUUGGAAUUACCCUAGACAAGAAGAAGAUAACAUACGAAACUCUGAAAGAAGCUUUGACUAAAGUUUUGACAGAUCCACAAUAUGAUACAACUGCCAAGAUGUACGCAAAAAUGCUGCGAACUCAACCAUUUUCACCUAGUGAAACCUUUGUGAAAUACGUGGAAUAUGCUAUUGAGAACCCUAGAAUAAGUGAUGUGAUACAGCUAAAAUCGGCUUAUAUGGGCUGGUCUGAGAUGUAUUCAUAUGAUGUGUUGGGGUUGUAUGCUGCAACAGCUGUUCUAGGUAUUAUUGUAAUUUCGCUGGUGGUGAGGAAAGUUUUAAUAGCUGUAAAAAAUAUUGUUGUAAAGGAGAAACGUAAAAAUGAAUAAAUACAUAAACUGUAGGAUAUAUUUGUCAAAAAGAUCCAUUUCUACCUUAG